UUUGUAAACCUCGUCACUAUCUGUGUGCACGUGAAUUGUGCACACGCUGAUCAUUGCUAUUAUCCUGAAGGCAUACCCACGAUCAUCGAAAUAUAAAUUCGGUCCAUUGCAAUACAGAUCCUUGACAGAGAAGUUGUUUCUAUUGAAGUGUAGCUGUGGUUUCGGAGUGAACAAGUUCUAGCAUCAAGAUGAAGACGCUUCUGGCAUUCCUCUUAGUUAUUGGCGUGGCAUUUGCUGUUCCUUUGGAUGAUGGACCGAUUGAAGAAUCGGACACAAGUCUCGAAGAGAGCGAGUACUUCAAAAGGAUCGAAGAGCUUGCAGAGAUGUUGGAUGAUAUAGACGACAAAAACAUGGAAACUGAUCACGACGAAGACGAAGAAAAGGCAGUUGUCGGAGAUGACGACAACGAAGAGCCUACCGGUAGACCACGACCCAGUGGACGCCCUAGCCGUAGACCUAGACCCAGUGGACGCCCUAGCCGUAGACCACGACCCAGUGGACGCCCUAGCCGUAGACCACGACCCAGUGGACGCCCUAGCCGUAGACCUAGACCCAGUGGACUCCCUAGUCGUAGACCAAGACCUGGUGGUAAAAAAAAGCCAAAACUUGUCGGAGAUGAUGACAAUGAUUUUGAAUUAAAACCAGAAGACGCGCCAGAAGAUAACAUUCAAGAAUAUAUUUCAGACGAUGAUGAAAUGAACUCGAAUGACGAACAAGCUUACAUGUACGUUCCAGAUGCGGCCUACGAUCCAUUAAAAUAAUAUUCUUCCCAUUUUUAUGAAAGAGUUGAUAUUUUUGUAACUUCUUUUUCAUUUGCAAA